CCGACAACAUCAUGGCGAGGAUUCCCCAGGUUCUGGCGCCGCUCCUCCUCCUGCUGCUCCCCGCCGGUCUCCGGGAGCUGAUGAUCGACCGCCGGCCCCUGCCGGAAGGCGCUGCCGGCGGCGAGGUCCUCCUCCACCCGCUGGUGCUGGUGCCCGGGCUGACGUGCAGCGAGCUGGACGCGCGGCUCACGGACGCCUACCGCCCCUCCGCGCCGCGGUGCGGCGCCAUGAAGGGGAAGGGCUGGUUCGGCCUCUGGGCCAACUGCUCCGACCUGCCCGCGCACCACUACGUGCGGUGCUUCAUGGAGCAGAUGGCCCUCGUCUACGACCCCGUCGCGAACGACUACCGGAACCUGCCCGGCGUCGAGACGCGCGUGCGCAAUUUCGGCUCCUCCCAAGGAUUCCAGAAGAACCCAGAGCACACGACCUGGUCCUGGUGCUUCGAGGUCCUCAGAAACGAGCUGGCAAGGGCCGGGUACCGCGACGGCGACACCCUGUUCGGGGCCCCGUACGACCUCCGCUACGCCCCGCCGGUGCCCGGCCAGCCAUCGGAGGUCUUCUCCGGCUACUUCCGUCGGCUGGCGAGCCUCGUCGAGGACGCGAGCCGCAAGAACCGGGGCAGGAAGGUGAUCCUCUUCGGGCACAGCUUCGGGGGCAUGGUGGCGCUGGAGUUCGUCCGGAGCACUCCCAUGGCGUGGCGAGACAGGUACAUCAAGCACCUCUUCCUCGUCGCCCCGGUGCCGGCGGAAGGGUUCGUGAAGCCGCUGCAGUACUUCGUCUCCGGGUCCAACCUGAUGUACGUCCCGACAGUCAGCUCGCUCGAGCUGGCCUUUAGGCCGAUGUGGCGGACCUUCGAGUCCUCCCUCGUCAACUUCCCCUCCCCGGCGGUGUUCGGGCGCAGGCCGCUCGUGGUCACCGCGCGGAGGAACUACUCCGCCUACGACCUGGAGGACCUCCUCGUCGCCGUCGGCUACGGCGCCGGCGUGGAGCCCUUCAGGAGACGGGCGGUCCCCAAGAUGAGCUACUUCCAGGCCCCCAUGGUGCCGACCACGUGCAUGAACGGGGUGGGCAACGACACGCCGGAGCAGCUCGUCUACUGGGACGGCGAUUUCGACGCGACCCCGGAGAUUGUGUACGGCGACGGGGACGAUUCCAUCAAUUUGGUCAGCAUGCUGGCGUUCGACGAGAAGAUGCGCCGGCAGCCGGAACAGAACAAGGUGUACAAGUCGAUCAAGAUUCGUGGGGCCCAGCACGGUACUAUUGUGACAGACGACACGGCGCUCAAGCGGGUCAUGCACGAAAUUCUUGAAGCGAAUCGUAGUUAAUAAUACCUUUAAGGGCUACUUAAAGGUUAGUUUGGGAACUAGGGAUUUUUAUUUUCCCAGCAAAAUUAGUUCAUUUUUUUAUAGAAAAAUAAAAAUCUCUUAAUGUUCCCAA